AUGUCGCGCGCCUCGCACCGGCCACUCCGGCGCAGCAAACGCGCUCUGUUCUCUCGACUCGCAUGCGUCGCGCUCGCUCUCUUCCUCCCCGCCGCUGCUGCCACUGCGUCGGAAUCGCUGGGCGAGCAGCUGCUGCUCAAGCCGCUUGCCGACGGCCGCGUGUUGGCGUCGUUCGAGUUCACGCUCACCUCGGCGUCCGCAGGUACGGGGAGCUAUGGGCUCAUGCCGCGCGCGCUCAUGCAGCCGCUCGACCACUUUGGCGUGAGCGAGCUGCAGCUCGCGCUCAACUCGGGGCGGUGGAGGUACGCCUCGUGGGGUGCACCCGUCACCACGCUCCGGCGCCGUUCGAGCUAUGAGGAAACGCAGCCCGGGCGCAUGGGUGUGGGCGAGGAAAGCGUGGCCAGUGGCGCCGAGCUGGUAGCACGGUUCGAGAGCGAGCCGACAUCCGAGCAGUGGAAGGGAUUGACGUCGGCACUGGCAGGGUUGUUUUGUGCAUCGCUUGCGCUGGAUGAACGACAUACUACGCGGCCACAGUGGGCGUACAGACAGGAGGAUGGAAGGAGGACACUGCAUGCCAUGCUACCCACCGAGGGUGUGUGCACCGAAAACUUGACGCCGUUCAUCAAGCUGUUGCCCUGCAAGAACGCCGCGGGCGUGGCGAGUUUGUUGAAUCCGCUCGCGCUGUUUGGCGCGCCGUUCCAUGGGCUGGCGGUGCAUGCGGCGCGCAGGGAGCUCGGCUGGGAGGUCAAGUUGACCUUCACCACCGUCUUCGCCCCGGCGGUGACGAGGGACAUCAGCGUGCGCGACUGGUCGCUGCAGUCGCUGUUCGGAAGGAGCCUCGAAAAGGCGUGUCCGCUGGCAGACAGCGCGGUUCUGCGCGUGCUUGCGCCACCCAAGACCGACGGCGCAGUGGCACAUGUGGUGGCGCCGCUACCGGAGUGGCCAACGUGCUCGGCGCCGGGAGAGAAGCGCGCUCGCGAGUAUGCGCGGUUCUUCCCCGUGCUCGACGACGAGGACGAGGUGACGGAUGGCCUGGCUGCAUCCGGCUUGCUUGCAUUCGAGACCGACGAGGAACGCAAUGCGUAUCGCGACCGGCUGCGCACGCGAUGGGCCCACUACCUCGCGCACACCGACGGCGAGUACAUCUAUGACGUGGCGACGCUCACGCGCGCAUCGUCCGAGUGUCAACGUGCGGCCGACUCGGAAGGGUCGCUUGACAUUCGCAUGGCCUGGCCGGAUGAGCAGCGCUUCGCCUACCCGCUCAACACCACCUCGCCCCUGCUCACUGCGGACCGCACCCUGGUCGGACACGACCAGCAGCGUGGACGGCUCGAAGUCGUGCUCACCAAUGCGGACACUGUGCCACAGCGGGUGGUAUGGUUCGAGGCGCUGGGGAGCUUUGUCGUGCCGUACCUGCACACGCGCACGCACACCACACAGUUCCUCCCCGGUCAAGCGGAGAACGAGCUGAUGCGCGGGAUUGAAGAUUUCGCGGAUCCGGUCGAGCAAGUGUCGUACCAACCUCGCUCGCGCGAUGCGGCGUUUGUGCUGGAAUCGAUCGUUCGCAUUCCCCCGCGCUCGGUGGUCAAGAUGAGCAUCGAGGUGGCAAAGGCCUUUGUGCCCUACUCGCAACACCCACCCGAUGCGCAUAGGGGCUUCGACCUUGCCCCCGCCAUCUUUUUCCCCUUGGCACCAACAGACCCGCGAGCCAAGGUCGGUGCGUUGCAAAAGUACAAUGGCGCAAAGGUGGUGCCCAAGACGAGGGGUAGGAUAUAUACCCUGCCGAAACUGGUCGAACUCGCAACGCCCGACUUUUCGUUUGUGUAUACGAACAUCAUCUUUACCAGCACGGUGGUGGCGUUGUUCUUUGGGUCCACUUUGAAUACGCUCCUGCGCACGUACACCGACUUUGUAGUCUAG